CAGGGAGACGACUCAAAACACCAGGCUCAGCCAGACUCUCAGUCAUGGCCUCAAGAGUCCCGAGUGAGCCUGGACUAAAACUCUGCGGCGGCUGAGUCCCACGAAGACAGAAGACAGAUCUUACAGCUCCCAUUUCGAGUUAAACACACAUUUCCAGUGUGUGGGAUUAUAAAGGAGUAUCCUCUUCUAACCCAAACCCUUUCAGCCUGCUCUCUUUAAAGAGGAAGACCAAUGACAGAACAAGCUUCACAACUACAUCUUCGGUUGGUGCACCAUGGCUUCUGACUCUAGCAGUGUCAGCAUCAGUGCAUCGUAACACUUUGGCAGAUCUCAGUAAACACUGUGCAGGUUCGAUCUACUGCUGCAGGGAUGAUCACGUCUCAUAUGAACGGUUUUGUGCAAGAGGGCUCCGGUCAGGCCAAGAACCACAGAGAGAGGGCUGUGGAUUGUCCAGGGGAGGACGGAAACCCGGUCAAAGCUUCACACUGUGGCUCCAAAAUGGAGAGGAUCCAGCAGUACCAGGAGGAGCUGAGGAAGAGGAGAGAGGAGGACAGCAGGGGGAAGCACGACAUUGACCCCAACGCUUCGCUCAGGCUCAAGAAGCUGUCGCAAAACCCCAAGGCGGGGAUUGAUAAUCCCACCUUCGAGGAAAAGGAAAAGACCAAAGAGAUAUGUUCCCAGGAUCCUGUAGCCGACCUGGUGGAGCUACUGCAGGCUCUGAAGUGGGCCUCGCACAUACUGUCUGAUACGCAGAGCCAGCAGGACGUGGACCUGUUAAUGCGGUUUGUUGCCAAGGAGGACUUCAGGAGUGCCUACUCCCUGUACUGCGCUGUAUCCCAGCAGAUGAGCAGAGUCAGCCCCAACUCACCACUCACGGCACAGGCAGAGGAUCUCUGCCAGGAGGUCCAGAGGAUUCUGCAGUCCAGCCAACAGAAGGAGGGCCUGGAGCUCCAGGCUCUGCUCACCAAUCCUCAUCUUCAGGCACUGAUGCAGGCUCAUGACAUUGUGGCGGUGCAGGAAAUGGGAGAAGACAAUGUGACCCAGUACCUUGGCGAGACGGUGAAACUUGUACGGCUGGAAAAGUCUCGUGACACUCCACUGGGUGCGACGGUACGUAACGAUAUGGACAGUGUGGUGGUGAGUCGAGUGGUGAAAGGAGGAGCGGCAGAGAGUAGCGGCCUACUCAGCGAGGGAGACGAGAUCCUGGAGAUCAACGGGAUUUCAAUCAGAGGGAAACACAUCAAUGAUGUCCACGACUUACUGCAACAAAUGCACGGCACUCUGACCUUCCUCCUCAUCCCGAGCUCUCAGAUUAAACCUGCCCCUCACAGACAGACUGUGAUCCAUGUGCGUGCUUACUUUGACUACGACCCCUCUGAUGACCCCUUCGUGCCGUGUCGAGAGCUCGGCCUCUCCUUCCAUAAGGGAGACAUCCUCCACGUCAUCAGCCAGGACGACCCUAACUGGUGGCAGGCUUACAGAGAUGGAGACGAGGAAAACCAGCUUCUAGCUGGACUUAUACCAGGAAAAAGCUUUCAGCAGCAGAGAGAGUCCUUGAAGAAAACCAUCACAGACAGGAGUCGAGAGCACCAAGGGAAGCACUGGUAUGGAAAGAAAAGCAAGAAGCAGAGGAAGAAGAGCACAGCUACUCUGAGCAGAAAUACUGAGUAUGAUGACAUCCUGACCUACGAGGAGAUGUCGCUCUACCACCAACCGGCCAAUCGUAAACGGCCCAUUGCUCUGAUUGGUCCCACAAACAGCGGCCAUGAUGAGCUGCGUCGGAGACUUCUGUCCAUUGAGCCUGAAAAGUUUGCUGUUGCUGUUCCACACACGACCAGAAACCCGAGGAUACACGAGCGGAAAGGGCGAGAGUACCACUUUGUGAGCCGGCCUGGCUUCGAAGCCGACCUGGGGACGGGGAAGUUCAUUGAGUCUGGGGAGUAUGAGAAGAACUUGUACGGCACCAGCACCGACUCAGUUCGACACAUCGUCAACUCGGGACGCAUCUGCUUGCUCUGUCUCCACACCAGGUCACUGCGAGUGCUGAGGUCCUCCAAUCUCAAGCCCUAUGUCAUCUUCAUCGCUCCUCCUUCUCAGGAACGACUACGCACCCUGCUGGCCACAGAAGGGAAAACACCAAAGCCUGAAGAUCUGAAGGAGGUCACCGAAAAGGCCCGUGAGAUGGAGCACAACUUCGGCCACUACUUCGAUGCAACCAUCGUGAAUGCCGAGCCGGACCAAGCUUUCCACGAGCUGCGCAGGCUGAUAGACAAGCUGGACACUGAGCCACAGUGGGUGCCCACCUCCUGGCUGUGUUAGAGGUCACAGGAUCUCUCUGCAGGGAGAGACUCAGGGAGGGAGGGAGAGGAGGUGAAAACAGGAGAAAAAGCAACAGUGACUGUUGCUGCAGACUGAAAAGUGAAAAUGAAGGCUGGACAUUGCUGAUGGUCACUGAAUCUCACUUGCACAUUGUCCGUGUUUACAGAAGAGCUGCAGGGAUGGACUCCUCUUGCAUUUCUGUUUGUGUCUGUGUCAUUGUGGGUCUUUUUAUUUGUUUGUUUUGUUUCAUGAAGGUUCUUGUCGAUUUCAGUUAUAUGCAAAGUCAUUUAUCAGACAAAUAGAAACAUUUCUAUUCUCUUACUAGUUAUUUAUAAUUGUAAAUAUAUAUUUUCUAGCUGAAAUGGUCAAAUAUUUUAUUAUUACAUUUUGUUUGUGCGAUAUAAACAACAGUAAACUCACUUGGGUGGGUGAUGUCACGGAUAUGAAACGGUUUACUGCUUUAAACUGUCCAGGUACCAAACAGAAGAGAGGCACCUUACUUACAGUAGCUGCAGAUCAAUGUCUUCCUGUCAAAACCACAUAAGUAGAAACUGCUGUAUCCUCUACACCAGCAUCAGUAUUAUUAUAUGUUGUCUUAUAUUCACUGUCAUAACAAACCUCAAUCCUAAGGUAUUCUUUUCUAGCAGGUUAGCAUCAGUUUACCAUGCUGCAAAGUACUCCUGAGUUUUUUGUUUGUUUUUUACCAGACUUGUACCAAAAAAGCAUCUUAUACUUUAGUGUUUAUCUGACAAAUACAGUGUUACUUCUUUCCAGGGUACUUAUGAAACACAAGCAAAAAAUAAGUGUGAAUAAAAUCAGAUACGUAUGUGAACAAGUGAUGUCAAA